GAAGAAUCCGUAAUCGAAUAUUUUAUUUUUAACUAUUAUUACUAUUUUAAACUAUAAACGAGGCCUUCACUUUUUUAAAAGCUUUUCUUUCUUUCACGAAAGCUUUCGUCUCCGAAUUGCCUCUGCAAUCCUCCUCAGCUUUGCAAAUCUGAUCUUCAUGAAUUCAAGCAGCACUGUUGCAUCCACAGUUUCCUGCAAAUUGGGAAACAAGAACGAUUUUCUUGUCUGGAUUUUGGCUUGCUUGCUUCGAAGUUUUCUUGGAACCCCUGUUGCAUUCAUUAACUUCCACUUGUUUAAGGCCAUUGUACGGUGCCCUUCCUCAUCUAACUGCAUGCCAGAAUCAUUUGGAAGUUUCUAGCCUUAGCCUCAAAGCCUUUUUAAAGUUACCACGUCAUAUCAUAACCAGCAUGGUUUCCUCUCGGUUAUCUAGUUUAAAUGAGUCUCGCAUUAACAAAGCAUUCCAAAAUCAGUUGCUUGUCCCUGUGGGGCAACCUGAUUCUCUGACAUCUGAUCAUCUUGAGUUUGAUUUCUCGGAUGUGUUUGGACCUUCCCCAGUUCAACCCUCAAUGGAAAUCAACUCCCAGAAUCCUAGAAACCUGGUUGUUGCAACUGAAUCCAAUGAAAUGCUUUAUGAUGAUCCAGCUGUCAUCUGUAACCGUUCACACUCCUUGGUUGGCCCCUCAACAUAUGUUAGCCAGUCAUUGAAGCUUAGCAAGCUCACAUUACGUGAAACAGGGGAUUCCUUGGAACUUGUAGAAGGAGCAAGGGAAGAGGCUCAAAAAGAGCUUAAGAAACCUUCAAUUAAUGAUGUUAUUCUGGAGAACCCUGAUGACCAUAUAGAGACUCAUCUUUUGAGACAACAAUCUGUGGGACUUGAAGAUUUUGAAGUUUUAAAGGUUGUUGGCCAAGGUGCUUUUGCAAAGGUUUAUCAAGUAAGAAGGAAUGGUACCUCAGACAUAUAUGCAAUGAAAGUCAUGCGCAAGGAUAAGAUUAUGGAGCAAAAUCAUGCUGAAUACAUGAAAUCUGAGAGGGCUAUAUUAGGAAAAGUGGACCACCCGUUCAUUGUGCAGCUCAGAUACUCAUUCCAAACCAAAUAUAGGCUGUAUCUUGUUCUUGACUUUGUUAAUGGGGGACAUCUUUUCUUCCAACUUUAUCGCCAAGGCUUGUUCAGGGAAGAUUUGGCUCGCAUAUAUACUGCGGAGAUAGUAUCAGCUGUUUCUCAUCUCCAUGCAAAUGGCAUAAUGCACAGGGAUCUAAAACCUGAAAAUAUUCUUCUGGAUGCAGAUGGACAUGUAAUGCUGACUGAUUUCGGCCUAGCAAAGGAAUUUGACGAAAAUACAAGAUCCAAUUCUCUGUGUGGAACUUUAGAAUAUAUGGCACCUGAAAUUGUUCUUGGAAAAGGCCAUGACAAGGCUGCUGAUUGGUGGAGUGUUGGAAUUCUACUGUAUGAAAUGCUUACUGGGAAGCCACCCUUUACUGGAGGAAACAGACAAAAGGUCCAGGAUAAAAUAAUAAAGGAAAAGAUUAAGUUGCCAGCUUUUUUGUCAAGUGAAGCACACUCAAUCCUCAAGGGGCUGCUGCAGAAAGAAGCAAGUAAGCGUCUGGGUUGUGGAAAAGGAGGUAGUGAGGAGAUCAAACGCCAUAAAUGGUUCAAGGCCAUUAACUGGAAGAAAUUAGAGGCUCGGGAGGUUAGGCCGAGUUUUCUCCCUGAUGUUGCAGGAAACCACUGCGUAGCUAAUUUUGAGGAGUGCUGGACUAGCAUGCCGGUUAUUGAUUCUCCAGUUGCCAGUCCUACAUUCGGUGAGAAUCCCUUUAAGGGGUUCACAUAUGUGAGGCCUGUCGCCUCAUUUCUUCAGAGAAAUGCUUGAUAUUCGAUGGCUGUGCUAUCUAGCUUCUCUCCUUUAGUUUAUUGAAACAGUUAACUAUAUAUGAACUAUAUAUUUAUGUUUUUGGACUUGUUUAAAACGACUCUGCUUUCUGCAUUUCGUGUUGCAGCUGAUGUUUACUACUGAUUCUUAGUCAAAAUCAAAAGGUUAAAUUCUGCUAUUAGUCCCUGUACUUUGCAAAAGUUGUAGAUUUGGUCCUUGUGCAUUAAUUUAGUCAUUUUUAGUCCUGUAGUUUUCAAUUUUUAAAAUUUUAGUGCUCACCAAAUGAUGAUUAUUAAAUUUAUUAAGUUUUGCUAUUUUUAAA